CGUGCGUACGGUGUAUAGUAUACAUAUAUACAUUAUAGGUUGUAUACAUUAACCUAGUAUUUUCAGUCGAUUUCGAUUUUUUUAUUUAUUCUUUAUAAUAAUAAUAAUAAAUAAAAAAUGAAAUUGUCACAAAUUUUGUAUAAACAACAUCUUGGCCGUUUAACCAGAAAACUAUGGUACAUUCAGGGAAAACGAACUCCAGUCGAUUUACAAACCGAAGCAAUACUAUCAGCAAAAGGAAUAACAGUAGAAGAUCCAAAUGAAAUUCUUAAAUCCAAACACAAAAAACUUAAUUUGAAACAGCUUAAUUCUUUUUCUAAGCCCCUACAGACAAAUGAUGAAACUCAUCCAGAUUGGAAAGACAGACCUUGUCUCACAUAUAGUGAUAAUGAUUUGUUGAUAGAAGGACUUCCUCAAGCACAAAAUAUAACAAAAACAAUAGUUUUUGAAAAUGUUUGGCCUGAUGCUGUAGAGAAGGCAACUAAAGAUGUGUCAGACAAUAUUCAUGAAAUAGUUAAAAGAUCGAUACAAACCUCUGUAAUAUUUGAUGCCCAUCAAGAAUUGCUACCAAAAGUAAAAGAUCCUGUUAGAUAUUGGUGGAAUUUUCCAAGAGCUAUGGGUAUUACUGAUGUCAGAAAAAUAUCCAAUUUGAGUAAAAAACUUCUUCAUCUUUGCCAUUGUAUUAGUGGAUCUGAAAUUGCUAAUUCUAGAAGUAUUAUAGACAAUGCAUUGAUUCAGGUGCCAUUUGAAAAAGAAUUUGAUUUAUAUAAAUUCUGUUUAACAAUGGAUGUUACAUUAAUGUCAGAACAACCACUUAGGCCAGCUGGACUAGAUAGUGUAGAAAAUGAUGAAAAUGUUGAACUACCAUGUAUUCAUCCUAUUCAUUACUCAGCUGGGUUAACUCAACAGAACAUUUAUAAAUUUGAUAAUGUGUUUCCAUUAGUUUCUGAUUAUCACAAAAAGAAUAUACAUACAGUUUUUAUAUUUAAUGAUCCAACAAAAGUUAAAAAUUUAACAGAGAUUGAAGUUCAAGAGACACAGAUACUAGGUAGAGCUUUAAUAAAAGCAUUUACCGCAGCAGCAGGUUCUGCUAGGCAAAAGUUUGGUACCAAUAUAAAAGAUCUUCCCGAACCUAUAACUAUUCAGUGUAUUCACUUGGAUGGAAAAGGAUUCUAUUUUUCUGUUUAUCAACUGAACACUUUGAAUCUUGAAGGUGAAAGUGGCAUGAAGAAUUACAGUUGGGUUUUGCCAAAAAUCAAUUUGUACGAAACAGGUGGUUAUGUAGAUGGUAAGCCUGUACUUGAAGGUUACAAUCCAGAAGUAUUCAAAAGAAUACUUGCAUUUUAUAGCAAUAAUUAAAUGUUAUAUUAACAAAAUUGUUCUUUAUUACUUGUGAAAAAAUUUUAUAUAAAUUGUACAGCCUAGAAUAGCAAUUUCAAGUAUGAUUAUUAAUAUUAAAAUAAACUUAUUUGUCAAUACUCUC